AUGGAACGUCAUUUGCAAAUUUUGCUAUAUUUAGAAAAAAGGCACUUUUUAGUCGAUAUGAAGAAUGCAUGCCAAGAGUUCCUACAAGAUGUAAAUGAAAAAACAAUACGUAAAUUCCCACCGAUUAGAUUCAUUCUUCAAGUAGACGUCAUGGAGUUACUUGAUUUAUUUCCCGAUUUAGGGGAAUUUUUAAUACAAGAGCCGCUUAAGUGGCAAAGUUGUUGUAAUGAUAUUCUGUUCGCGUGCUUAAAAUGUUUGGAUAAUGACUUGACUCAAAUGAUAAAACCAACGCAAGUAGCCGUCGUUAUUAGAUUGAACAGUUUACCUUAUAUAUUAUCUACUAAACAAGAAAAAUACAAAAGUAUAGUUUCUUUAUGUGGCUUACUAGUCGGCAUCACGAAGCCAACUAAUAACGUUUAUCACACGGUGUGGUCAUGUCCUGAUGAGUGUGAGGGCAACGAAGUUAUUAUGCACUUUAUACCAAAAAUACCUCCAAAAUGUUAUUUGUGUAAAAGUACACUUUUUGAGAAUAGUGGUUUGAGGAGAUGUGGGGACCAAGUACAAGCUACUUUUAAGUUUAAAAAUAUCUUACUUCCCCAGAGUUAUACAAUUGUAGACGAUCUUAUUUCUCAAUUAAAAGUAGGGAAAAUGUACACAAUUAACGUUGUUAUUUUGAAAAAACUAACAUCUGUCUGGUCUAUAGAAGAAUCAACUAUUAUUCCUGCACCAAUCACGACGCCCGUACCAUCAGAUAUUAAGGAAUUGUAUGAAGCAUGCAAUGGUUUACCAUGGAAAUUUAUAUACUGUUUAGCUUCUAGUAUUGGAGUUCAUGUUUGUCCUUUAAAUUGCUUUAUGAAUGUAAAAAUAAAUCUAUUAUUAAGUCUAGUUAGUGUUAAAGCUAAUGCACUGACUAGUUCACCUAUAAUUCACUUUUUAGCUGGUGGAUUUGAUACAGGUUAUAUCGCAAAGUUAAUGGGACGAGCUGCCUUACUCGCAGAUUCCUUUGUCUCUAUAGGGACAACUCACAACUCCACAUCGACGGCUUUAAUUGGAGCUUCGGGAGGGGUUUGUGUAAUGCCUUUACCUUUACAAGCUUACAGUCAAAACCAAAUAAAUUCCAUAUUAUCAAUUAUAGAAACUGGAGAAAUUACUCAUUCAACGUAUAAAUCAAAAUUGCAAUGCGCGGUUUGGGCUCAUGGAAUGGAUUUGAAAAAAAUCGUUUUAUACAAUAUUGGCAAUAUAUUUGGAAGUGUAUGUCGUGGAGAUUAUGGAGACUUUGCAGAUGAAUUAGCAGAUCACGCUUUAGAACAAGCGAUAACUCCGACCACAGUUGGUAAGCAAGAGAAACAAGCUCUAAAAGAUAUAUCGACAUACAUAGAUUUGGUCGCUGGAAUUAAGGUUUCGUUGGCCGAAAAUGCGGAAGAACUAUUAAGACUUUAUUUCUUAGCAGCUCGUAAGGAAAAACCAAAAGCUGUAACUAUUGGUAAUUUGGGCGCUCUGAUAGCAGCUUGUGCGACUUCAGCUAGAUUGUGUCGUCGAAAUGUAGCUAAUAAUGAUGACGCUGUAUUUGCGAUUUGGUUGCAUGUAAGUGGUAUGCCCGAGCCAAGGUUCGCUCCCGAUGACUAUCUUGAAACACCAGCAGACAUGAAGAAACUUCAAAAAGUGAUCGAGAAGUUUUAUAAUUGGCUUGAACAAUUUAUAGGAUAUCGUAUUUAUGAAACUAAUGAGUAAUUUGUUGAUAAAAUAAAAAUUAAUAUAUUUAAAUUUUUAAGUAGUAAAAAUGCAAUGUUUAUUAAUAAAU